AUGGUCGAAUUGUUAAGGGCGUUAGAAUCAUGGUUUGGUCAAAAUUCAUUUAGUAGUAAUUCACAUUAUUCGAAUGCACCAUUUAGAAGAAAUAUAGAUUUUAAUUCACUCUUUUAUCAAAAGCCUUUAUCACCUACAGAACAAAUGGUUUCUCAAUUAUUCGAAAGGUGGAAUUUAUUAACAGACGGUCAAAAAUUAUUUAUACCAAUUUUAGCAGCGAAUUUAAUAGUAUUUGGUUUAUGGCAAUUACAAUCUUGGAAACCAUUCAUGAUAAAAUAUUUUACUUCAAGCCCUAGAAGCAAUCUAAAUCCUUUACAGAAGUUUCUAACCUCGAUAUUAACAUCAUUUAGUCAUUUUACACCUUUGCAUUUGCUACAAAAUAUGUACACAUUAUAUAAUUUUAUGUCAGUGUCUGUUGACGCAAUGAGUGCAACACAAUUUUUAUUAUUGUAUUUAACGGCGGCUUUAGUUUCAAAUACUGCAAGUGACUUGUUUAAGACUAUAAGGGGCCAAGAAAACGUGUUAAGUGUAGGGGCGUCAGGUUCAAUAAUGGCCGUAGUAGCAUAUGUUUAUAGUUUAUUGCCAGAUGCUGCUUCCGCAAUCAAAACAAUUUUAUAUUAUCAAAUGGCUGGUCUGAUUGCGCAAACGGAUAAUACUGACUAUGCUGCACAUUUAGGAGGUGCUUUAUGGGGGAUGUUAGUUCUUACUGGUUGGGCGGCAGCCAUGAUGACCACCUGGGCCUGGCCAGUGUAUCUAUCACGACUACUGCAAGGAGCUGUUACAGUGAUAAAUAAUAUAAGUAGAAAUUUUCGAAGAAAACAAAAUUCAUCAAAUGAUGCCAUAAAAGAUUCGAUAACACCAUUCGAAAAUACUCGAUAUGAUAGUGGACCCGUAAAUUUUGCAAAUUUAUGGAAACCAUUUGGAUUUACAGUUGCCUUUAGUGGUGCGAGUUUUGCCGGAGCAGCAAUAUGGCAGUACGAAAAUAUGAGGGCUCAUGCUUUAGAAAUGAGAAAAAAUUUGAAUUUUAAUUGGUUAAACAAGCAAGUCAAACGACCUCAACAACAUGCCGGCGAAUUACGUAAUGAAUUUAAUCGAUGGUGGAAUAGUUUAACUGAAGGACAGAAAUUAUUUGUACCAAUAUGUGCAGCAAACGUAGCAGUAUUUUGUGCGUGGCGUGUUCGUUCACUUCAACCAAUGUUAAUACGUUAUUUUUGUUCGAAUCCAGCCAGUAAGGCACAAUGUUGGCCCAUGGUCUUGUCAACGUUUAGUCAUUAUUCGGCAUUUCAUUUAAUGGCAAAUAUGUAUGUUUUACAUAGCUUUAGUACAGGAGCUGUAAGUGCCCUUGGUAAAGAACAGUUUUUAGCAUUGUAUUUAAGCGCAGGUGUUAUUUCCAGUUUUACUAGUUACGUAUACAAAGUGAUGGUUAAACAACCAGGAUUAUCUUUAGGAGCGUCAGGUGCAAUUAUGGCAGUUUUAGGAUUCGUUUGUACUCAAUAUCCAGAUACAACAUUAGGAAUAAUAUUUUUACCGUUUUUAACAUUCUCUGCUGGUUCGGCUAUCAAAGCAAUUGUUGCGCUUGAUUUAACGGGAGCAGUUUUAGGUUGGAAAUUAUUUGAUCAUGCGGCGCAUUUAGGAGGUGCUUUAUGGGGAAUUGCAUGGGCGUAUUGGGGUAACACAUAUAUUUGGCAGAAUCGUGAACCAUUAUUACAAUAUUGGCAUUCGAUACGAAGUAAAGGUUCUGUUAAGUAACAACAACAAGUCGUACCCAAAACCCAAAUAAUAUCAAUUAAAUAAAUUUAUAAAAUUAAAUAAAUUAUUU